UGAAUUUGUGUUCUUAGAAAGUGAAAGAAGUCGAUAAGAUACACAACAAAGCAUUAAAUUUUGCUUUGAAUUCUACAAUGACUUCCUUUCGAAUUGAGACAGACAGCUUUGGAGAGAUACAGGUGCCCUCCGACAUGUACUAUGGAGCAAACACUGCAAGGUCUAUUAAAAACUUUGACAUUGGAGGAUCUAGAGAGAGAAUGCCUUUACCAAUCAUCAAAGCCUUUGCUAUUCUGAAGAAGUGUGCAGCCUUGGUUAACCAGGAGUACGGACUUGAUCCAAAAAUUGUCAGCUACAUUGUUAAAGCAGCAGAUGAGAUAAUUGAUGGUCAAUUGUGGGACCACUUUCCCCUGGUUGUUUGGCAGACAGGGUCAGGGACACAGAGCAACAUGAAUGUUAAUGAGGUGAUCAGUAACAGGGCCAUACAAAUGAUGGGAGGAGAAAUGGGCUCCAAGCAGCCAGUUCAUCCUAAUGACCAUGUUAACAUGUCCCAGAGUUCAAAUGAUACCUUUCCCACAGCCAUGCACAUUGCUGUUGUCUUAGAGGUUCAUCAGAGGUUGUUACCAGGGUUACAGAUCUUACAUAAGGCCCUAGCAACCAAACAACAAGAGUUCAAGGACAUUGUAAAGAUAGGCAGAACCCAUCUACAGGAUGCCACACCGUUGUCCCUGGGUCAGGAAUUCAGUGCCUUUGUACAACAGAUUGAGUAUGGAAUACAGAGAGUGAAUGCCACACUUCCCCGGUUAUAUGAGUUGGCAGCUGGAGGAACAGCUGUAGGGACAGGACUAAAUACCAGGAUUGGUUUUGCUGAAAAAAUUGCUGCCAGAAUUGCAGAGGAAACUGGGUUUCCUUUUGUGACUGCUCCAAACAAAUUUGAGGCCUUGUCGGCUCAUGACGCCAUGGUGGAACUUCAUGGAGCUCUGAAUGUGUUAGCCUGCAGUCUUAUGAAAAUAGCCAGUGACAUCAGACUUCUGGGGUCAGGGCCUCGAUGUGGAAUCGGUGAACUUUCUUUACCUGAAAAUGAGGCUGGGAGCAGCAUUAUGCCAGGAAAGGUAAAUCCUACACAGUGUGAAGCUGUUACCAUGGUAGCAGCUCAGGUGAUGGGAAACCAUGUUGCUGUGACGGUGGGUGGAAGUAACGGCCAUUUUCAGUUGAACGUAUUCAAACCAGUGAUUGUCACAAAUGUUUUACAAUCUGUUCGCCUGAUAGGAGAUGCGUGUGUAUCAUUUUCUAAAAACUGCAUCGAAGGAAUAAUUCCCAAUACUGAGAAAAUCAACAAACUUCUAAAUGAGUCUCUAAUGUUAGUCACUGCCUUAAAUCCACAUAUCGGAUAUGAUAAUGCGGCUAAAAUUGCCAAACAUGCGCAUAUCACAGUGACCACCUUGAAGGAUGCUGCUGUUUCAUUGAGGUUGUUGACUGCUGAGGAAUUUGAUGUCAAAGUACAACCAAAAGACAUGCUAGGACCAAAGUAAUAGUAGCCUCAGAAUUUUGAACAAUAUUGUAGAUAACGCUGAAACAUAUGAUUAAUUGGGGGUCAAAUUUAUUUAUAAUAGAUUUUUCUUCUACUUUGCAAUUUUUUUUAAUGCAGUCUUCAUCUACUCGUAUUGUUAUGUGAUAUUUUUGAAAACCUUGAUAUUUGAUUGAUAUUACCCUGGGACUUUUGUUGCCAAUUAUAAUGGAGGUUUAGUAGCUGUUUUACCCCCAGUUUAAAUAUCAUAAUUACAAAGUGUGUCAUUAAGGUCGUAUGAAACAUACAUAUGUACUUAACAAUGUACCUUUUCCUCUUAUAACUCUCCAAGAUAUUCUUAAUUUAAAAUCACAAUACCAUUAGAUUUUCUUGUACAAAAAAAUCAGUGUUUUGAACAGAUAUCUAAUUAUAAAAAUCCCUGUAUAUUUUUUAAUUUAAGAAUUAUAUUAAAAAUAGUUUUAGCUGGUAAUUCCUCAACAUUUGAUUCAGAAAGGGUGUACAAGAUUACCAGACAUCAUAACAUCCUUCAAUUAUUGGAACUCUUAAUUUGUACAGGGAAUAAGAAAAUAAAGUUCAAAACUAUGUUGUGUAUGUCCUUAAAAACAGAUUUCAUUAUUAACUCACAUUUAAGAGGAAAACUCCUAAAUAAAAAUCUUUAUCGAGUGAAUGUACUGUUAAGGCCACUUGAUAUAACCCCCCCCCCCCCCCCCCCCAAUCAUGAAAAUAGACACUUUUACUAUGUUUAUAUAAGUAAAAUGAAUAAGUUUAGCCACAUAAAUUUUCCUUUUCUUUUGGAAAUCUUUUUUUUCUUUUAGAAAAAGAAAAAAAUGAGAAAUUUGAUAAAUAAGAGACUCCAUGAAUAGAGACUCCAAUAGAGGCAUCCAUUAAUUUCCUCAAUUCUACAUUGUUAUCAUUUCAAUGUUUACAGUAUGUUGGUCUUUCAGUAUACUCAACCCAUCAAAGAGAUGAAUUUAAUAUAAGUUUGUAACUUUUAUAACCAAGAAAAAUAAGGGUAUUAGAAACUGUGUUUUGU